CCACCCGCAGAAAGCUAGCCAGCCAAAGUGCCAACCCCCCAAACCCCCAUUAUAUCUACCACUAGCACUGCGAAGUGCGAGCGAAACUAAUCGCUCAAUUCUUCGUCGCCUCCUUCAUUUUGCCAGUUGCCACCAAAUACGCCGCGGCCGCUGCCUCACCCCGCUAGUCCGGCCGCCCUCCCCUCCUCGCAAGAAGCGUUCCUCCUGCCUGCAUCUUGGCUAGGAUCUGUAUAUGCCUUUUUCGGUGAACAAGAACUGAAAGACUACUGUCCCGACCACCCAGCAAUUUGCCAGAUUCUUUCUUGCCCAAAACCCCAAAGAGAAAAGGCCCAAUGUUCUGCUAAGCUAGAGAUGUUCCUAGAGCCAGCCAUCUUAUCUUAUAGCUAAACUGCUGUAAAAAGAGCCUUGUGAGACACCAACAAUCAAAUGGCACACCCAACCUUGUCAGCUACCCUCAGAUGCCUCACACUGCUAUGCAUCUUGGCACUUGCCGUGGCGGCUGACAACAAUACCAUUGGCUCUGGCCAGAUACGCUUGGAUUGUGGAGCAACAAGCCCAACAGGCCCAGAUGCUGAUGGCCGGAGCUGGGACAGCGACACCAAUUCCAAGUUUGCGCCUGCACUGAAAGGAAUUGCAGCAACUGCUUCAUACCAGGACUCUUCACUACCAUCCGCUACGCCUUACAUGACUGCUCGCAUCUUCACCUCAAAUUACACCUAUUCCUUUCCUGUUAGUCCUGGCUGCAUGUUCGUGCGCCUCUACUUCUAUCCUACCAAUUACGUUAGCAACCAUGCUGCUGCAGAUGCUUACUUUGGUGUCACAGCCGGCAAUCUGACCCUUUUAUAUGACUUCAAUGCCUCCCAAACUGCUGCGGCAGUUACUCCAGUUAGUGUCGCCUUCUUUGUUCGUGAAUACUACAUAAACGUUACUGAAGGCAGCCUAAACCUCACUUUCUCCCCAUCCACACACCACAAUGGCUCUUAUGCAUUCAUCAACGGGAUCGAAAUUGUGCCCACACCUGACCUCUUCACAACACCAAAACCAACACUAGUCAAUGGAGGAAACAUGGAUCUUGCUGGAACGGGGUUCCAAACAAUGUACCGGCUUAAUGUAGGAGGCCAGGCCAUCCCACCACAAGGAGAUGUUGACUUCUACCGUUCAUGGGGAGACGACAGUUUUUACAUAUAUGCUUCUGAUUAUGGUGUGACUUUUGGGAAAGACAACAAUCUUACAAUCACGUAUACACCCAGUGUACCAAACUACACUGCACCAUUUAAUGUCUAUGCAACUGCUCGCUCUAUGGGGCCAAAUGCCCAGAUCAACCUGAACCACAAUCUUACAUGGAUUUUACCUGUUGAUGCUGGGUUCUACUACCUCCUAAGGUUCCAUUUCUGUGAGAUCCAGUAUCCGAUAACAAAGGUGAAUCAGAGGUCAUUCUUCAUCUACAUCAACAAUCAGACAGCACAACAGCAAAUGGAUGUCAUCGCGUUUAGCGGAGGAAUUGGCAACACAGUGUACAGAGAUUAUGUUACCAUCACAGCUGGUUCUGGUCAGACGGAUUUAUGGGUUGCCCUCCACCCAGAUCUUUCGACGAGACCUGAGUACUUCGAUGCAAUAUUGAAUGGUCUGGAGGUCUUCAAGCUGCAGAAUUAUGGAAACAAUAGUCUUAAUGGGCUCAACCCUCCCCUUCCAUCUGUUGAAACUAAUAAUGGGAAAUCUAGUGGCAGAAACAAAAGUUCUGUGCCGGCAAUCGUUGGUGGAGCUGUUGGUGGUUUUGCUGCGCUGCUCAUUGCCUUUAUUGGUGUGUGCAUCAUCUGCAGAAGAAAGGAGGUAGCAAAGGAAUCUGGGAAACCCGAUGAUGGCCAGUGGACUCCUCUCACUGAUUACAGCAAGUCACGGUCAAACACCUCAGGGAAGACAACAACUACAGGGAGCCGUACAUCAACAUUGCCAUCUAAUCUUUGCCGCCACUUCUCAUUUGGUGAAAUCCAGGCAGCCACCAAUAAUUUUGAUCAAACCUCGCUCCUCGGCAAAGGUGGUUUUGGAAAUGUGUACCUUGGAGAGAUAGAUAGUGGCACAAUGGUGGCAAUCAAGCGUGGUAACCCAACGUCUGAGCAGGGUGUGCACGAGUUCCAGACUGAGAUUGAGAUGUUGUCGAAGCUCCGACACCGUCACCUUGUGUCGCUGAUUGGGUAUUGCGAUGAUAUGAAUGAGAUGAUUCUAGUGUAUGAUUACAUGGCCAAUGGGACUCUGAGGGAGCACUUGUACAACACCAAGAAGCCAGCACUCUCCUGGAAGAAGCGGCUUGAGAUAUGUAUCGGUGCCGCUCGGGGACUGCAUUACCUGCACACAGGUGCAAAGCAUACCAUCAUACACAGAGAUGUCAAGACCACCAACAUUUUGUUGGAUGACAAAUUGGUUGCUAAGGUUUCUGACUUUGGGCUGUCAAAGACUAGUCCAAAUGUCGAUAACACCCAUGUGAGCACGGUUGUGAAGGGAAGCUUUGGAUACCUUGACCCUGAGUACUUCCGACGGCAGCAGCUCACUGAGAAAUCUGAUGUCUACUCAUUUGGAGUCGUGCUGUUUGAGGUCCUCUGUGCACGCCCUGCCCUGAGCCCCUCGCUUCCAAAGGAGCAAGUGAGCCUCGCCGACUGGGCACUGCACUCCCAGAAGAAAGGCAUUCUUGGGCAGAUCAUCGACCCAUAUCUGCAAGGGAAAAUCUCUCCCCAAUGUUUCAUGAAGUUCGCGGAGACCGCAGAGAAGUGUGUGGCUGAUCACAGCAUCGAUAGACCAUCUAUGGCCGAUGUCCUCUGGAACCUUGAAUUUGCACUCCAGCUGCAGGAGAGUGCGGAGGACAGUAGCAGCGUCACCGACGGGACAUCUUCAAACACGUCUCCACUUACCAUCCUCAGGCUUCACUCGGAUGAACCAACGACAGACACCACCACCACCACAUCAACGAGUAUGAGCAUGACAGGACGGAGCCUCGCAAGUGUGGAUUCAGAUGGGCUGACCCCAAGCAGUGUCUUCUCGCAGCUCAUGCAUCCAGGUGGCAGAUGAAAACCGAAAAUAGAACUGCAGCCUGCAGUUAAUCUCUUCUGAUCUGCUAUAUGUUUCUAGUUUCAUGGUAUAUAUAUAUAUGACCUACUAGUAUAGUUAUCCUAUAUACAUAUAUAUUCAGCAUAUAGUUGCUUCAUCUUAAUAAAAAGUAGUUCAUCCUAUAUGUAUGUAUUGUGCCAGAGCCUGCAGAAAUCACUGUAAUGGCAAGGUACUUCCCUUUAAAUUAUCUGCUUAAACAUGUACCUGAGGUAUGUUUCUCACUUCAAGGCCGAUUUGUAAUAUUCACAUAUAUAUGAAAGUAAGGUGUCACCCUUUGAUUUCCUUGAUUGUAA